GAUCUUUCUUUUACUUGAAACAUCACAACCAAAGUACAUAAUAUUGAAUUAGAUUGUUAAGACUCUAUUGAGAGAAAUGGCAAAAAAUGGGAUUCAAACUGUUGGAGUGAUGAUUAUAGUCAUGAUUAUGCUAACAUUUGCACAAGCUGAUGUAUAUCCAACAUCUUCCCACAUUAAACCAGACAAUUUUUUUGGAAGGCUUAAGUGUCUUGGCAAAUGUGCUGCAGAAUGCAUUAUUGUUGCAAAAUUCAAAGCUUUGUAUCCAGUAUGCGUUGCUACUUGUACUUCAAAAUGUAAUGGAAUGCCAAUUGAUGUUGCUAUGGAUUGUAUUAGUAGUUGUGACAUGAACAACUCCAUUAACAUCGAUACUGAUGCUCUUGGGGUGACCUAUUUGGUGAAUUCUUGCUUGCAAGCAUGCAAGAAAAAGGAAUAAUACAUUAGAAGAAUCACAAAGAAAAAUGUUCUCGGUAGAAAUGAUAUUUAAAUAUUAUUGUAAUAAACAAAUUUUAAAUAAUGACUAAUGUUGGUUAUUUAUUUU